AUGGGUAUGGGAAAUGAAGCAAGUUAUGCAGAAGAUGGCCCAUAUGAAGAGAACAUUCUUGGAGGAGACUUUGGGUCAACUGAAAUACCGGAAAAUUUUAUGGAAGAACCCAAUGAAGAGCAAUAUGAAGAAAGAGUGUUUGAAGAUUUUGAAGCCGCCAAUCAACCACUAUAUGAUGGAUGUGUUGAAGGUAUUUCUCAACUAUACUUGGCAUCUCGUUUAAUGAAAGUAAAAACUGAUCAUAAUUUGGCGGAGUCAUGUAUGGAUGAGAUAUCACAAACUUUUAGAGAUGUUUUGCCACAACCAAAUAUAGCUCCUGAGUCAUAUUAUGAGAUGAAGAAGCUGACGAAGUCGCUUGGUCUCCCUGUUGUCAAGAUCGAUAUUUGUGAGGAUAAUUGCAUGUUAUUUUGGAAAGAAGAUAGCGGGUUGUUGGCGUGUCGGUUUUGUGGGAAAGAUAGAUAUCACAAGAACCAUGGAAAGGGAAAGAGGCGUCCAAAACAGAGAAUGUUCUAUUUGCCUAUUACAGAGAGGUUGAAGCGUCUGUACCAACAAGAGUCUACUGCAUCACAAAUGCGAUGGCACGCAGAACAUGAGUCGCCAGAAGGAGAAAUGCACCACCCUUCAGAUGCUGCAGCAUGGAAGCAUUUUAACAAGGUAUAUCCUGAUUUUGCGGAGGAAAGUCAAAGUGUUUAUCUAGGAUUAGCAACAGAUGGAUUUAAUCCAGUGGGUAUGAGCGGAGAAGCCCACUCGGUCUGGCCCGUCAUCGUAACCCCGUAUAACCUACCUCCUGGUAUGUGUAUGAAAAGAGAAUAUUUCUUUUUAUCAGUACUAGUUCCUGGGCCAAGGCAUCCAAAGAAGAGCAUUGAUAUUUAUCUGCAGCCGUUAAUUGAAGAACUAAAAAGUUUGUGGAGCGAUGGAGUUGAAGCAUAUGAUGUCUCGAAGAAGCAAAAAUUUUCGAUGCGAGCCGCACUAAUGUGGACAAUUAAUGACUUUCCCGCUUACGGCAUGAUGUCCGGAUGGAUGACUCAUGGCCGGUUAGCUUGUCCAUAUUGUCUUGAUGAUACAAAGUCUUUUUGGUUGCAACAUGGAAGGAAGCAUAGCUGGUUUGACUGCCAUAGAAUGUUCCUGCCUAAGGAGCAUCCUUACAGAAGAAAUGUCCAAGCUUUUCGAAAGGGGCAGACAGUAACUGAUGAUCCUCCACCAUGGUUGACGAGAGAAGAAAUUCUUCGCGAAAGAAUCAACAACAUCGAAGGAUUGAAGAAAACUGUCGAUUGUGGAGGAAAUGGACACGAGAAACCUGCGAGCAUUAUAAACGGCUACGGCAAAGACCACAAUUGGGUGAAGAAAAGUAUCUUUUGGGAGUUGCCGUAUUGGGAAAACCUUCUUCUUCGCCACAACGUGGACUUCAUGCACGUUGAGAAAAAUUUCUUUGAUAAUCUUAUCAACACGGUGCUUAAUGUUCCCGGGAAGACAAAAGAUAAUGCAAAGUCGAGGAUGGAUCUACCUGAUUUGUGCAGAAGAUGGCGACUUCUCCCAUUUGCGUUUAAGGAAUUACUUCCCAAAAGUGUUCACAUUGCCAUUUCAGAGAUAGCACUUUUCUUUCGUGAUAUCUCUGCGAAGAUACUUAAGCACGAAGAUGUUGCUAUUUUAAAAGAAAACAUUGCGGUGAAGCUUUGUAAUUUGGAGAAGAUUUUUCCACCGUCGUUCUUUGAUGUUAUGGAACAUUUGGCCGUACAUUUAGCAGACGAAGCUGCUUUAGGUGGUCCAGUGCAAUAUAGAUGGAUGUAUCCUUUCGAGCGAUACAUGUACCAUCUGAAAAAGAAAGUUAAAAAUAAGGCACACAUUGGAGGUUCCAUCGUUGCACAAUAUGUGAAUGAAGAAAUAUCUACCGCUUCUGCAAACUUCUUUGGUAAUCCACAUGUGGUACCUGAGGUUCCACUUCCCGGGGAAGUUCAGUUUACAUAUCAAUAUCCAGAUGUGCCUAACUUGUUUUAUCACGAAGGUCGGGUUAGUGGAAAAUGUGAAGAGAAAUGGCUAACCGAUGAAGACUACACUGUCCUCCAGACUUUUCUGAUGCUCAAUUGUGAUACAUUCGAACCCUACGAAAGGAUGUUCGAGGAGUUUAUGACAGAGAGAAACCCAUAUAUGUCUACUAAUGAUCUACAAAUACUGAAAGACCAACAUUUUGCUGAAUGGGUGAAAAACUAUGUUGUGCAAGCGAGUAACACAUAUGAGUUUCCGAUGUGGAUGUUAGAUUUUGUACAAGGUCCGCAACGUAAGUAUAAAUCUUGGCCGAUUUACCAUUCACGUGGAUACUGCUUCCACACAUAUAGCCAUGAACAAGAUAAGAAAACCCAACAUUACGGCGUCCAAGUUCGUGGAACCACAGAUACUGACUAUUACGGUUUGAUUGAGGAGAUAAUAAUGGUUGAGUAUUUUGGUUCCGUUGGACUGAAGGCCAUGGUUUUUAAAUGUAAGUGGUUUGAUACAACUGAAGGACGGGGAAUUCAAAAACAUAAAUCAGGAAUCGUUGAUGUGUCUCCGCGUUGGCAGUAUGAGAAAUAUGAUCCAUUUAUCUUAUCUGGUAAUUGUGAUCAAGUUUGUUUUAUUCCUUAUCCGCGGGUACGACAUACAUCAGCCAACGAUUGGUGGGCAUGUACAAAAGUUAUGCCUAGAGGGGUUCGAGAAACCUCCGAGGAUGCUCUUGUUGCAUUACAAGAUGAUACACACAACCAAGUUGUUGCACAGAGCGUGAUGCUGCGCAUUGAGACGUAUGUUCUCGAAGAUGAUUCAGAUUAA